AUGGGAGAGAGAAACAGGACCAGUGUGACCGGCUUCCUCCUGAUGGGACUGCUGGACCGGCCGGAGGUGCGAUUCGCGGCCUUCGAUGCCAUCUACUCGGCCACGCUCCUGGCCAACGGUGCCCUCCUCUUCGCCCUCCGCUCCAACCACCGUCUCCACGUGCCCAUGUCCUUCCUCAUCACCAAAUUGUCGUUGCUGGACGUCUCCCUCCCCAUGGCUUUCGUGCCCAAGCUCUAUUUCCUGGUGGCUCCGGCGGGGAUGGACGUCUUGCUCCUGGCGGCCACGGCCUCUGACCGUCACAUGGCCGUCCUCCACCCUCUCCGAUUCGUUGUUCUCAUGGAUGAGAGGGUGUGCGUCACGCUGGCGGCCGGGGCCUGGCCGGCCCGCUUCCUCAACUCACCUCUGCAUGUGUCCUUCACAUUCACGCUGACCUUCACGCCUCUCCAACCGCAUGGACCAGUACUACUGAGUCGUCCCUGUUUAGUUCUGUCCGUGGGUGAGAUUGGCGCCUUCUCCUUCAUUUUAGGCUCCUACAUCCUCGUUGCGGCCGUCAUCUUGAAGAGCCGCUGGGCCGAGGGGAAGCGCCAGGUUUGGUCCACCUGCUCCUCCUAA